UACCAACAACAAUUCAAAUUUAUCGGUCCAACCGUUUUCCGUUAUUUGUGGUUAAAUAACUUUGUUUACUGAACUUAAUCGUAUUUUUGUGUAAUUUAUUUUCCCUUUUAAGUAAUGAGUCCCAGAAAACCCGAAAAAAAGACCCAAAAACGUAAACUACCAGCAGAAGACGAAGAAAGUGAAGCUUCCGAACAUGAAGAUCUCUCUGAUGAAGAAGGCGGAUUGCGGGUAGAUGGUAUAUACAUACCUCCGCCUCCAAUAAGUGCCCGUACUCUCGGUAGUGAUGGACCUCGGCUCAUCAUUACCGCAAUAAGCAAUUACUUUUUUAAAAGUUACGCCGAAACACAAGUUCUUGGACCAUUUCACAAGUGUUUUAAUGCCAUUGUCGGUCCUAAUGGAAGUGGAAAAAGCAACGUUAUAGAUGCUAUGUUGUUCGUAUUUGGGUAUCGAGCGACCAAGAUUCGAUGCAAGAAAAUAUCAGUAUUACUGCACAACUCUGAGCAUUAUUCCAACAUUCAAACUUGUACUGUAGCAGUACGUUUCGCCGAAAUAGUUGAUAAGCCGGGAGAUGAAUAUGAAAUUGUGCAGGGCAGCGAAUUUGAAAUAGCUCGCACAGCAAAUAAGGACAAUUCAUCCUAUUACACUGUAAAUGGUUCCAGAGUACAAUUCAAAGAGGUUGCCAAGAAGUUGCGAUCGUAUGGUAUUGACCUUGACCAUAAUAGAUUUCUAAUCUUACAGGGCGAAGUUGAACAAAUUGCAAUGAUGAAAAGUAAGGGUCAAUCAGAACACGAGACAGGUAUGCUGGAGUACCUGGAAGAUAUUAUAGGCACCUCACGAUAUAAGGUUCCCCUUGUAAAAUUAGAAGAACGAGUGGAAUUACUAGCCGAUCAGCGUUCGGAAAAGUUAAACCGCGUCAAACUUGUUGAAAAAGAACUCGAGGAAUUAAAAAAGCCUAUGGAAGAUGCUGUUGAAUUUUUAGAAUUGGAAAAUUCCAUUGUGUUAAGCAAAAAUAUAAUUUUUCAAUGGCAUAUAUGCGAAGCAGAGGAGAAAAUUAAGCAAAUUGAAGAGGAGAAAAGUGAAGUUGCCGCUGCUCAAAAUGAGCUUGCUGAAAAGUUAGCUAAAACUCACCAAGAGAAACAAGAGGGAGAACACAACUUUAAAGAAGCUUGCAAAAAAUGUGAGAAUUUACGUAAAAGAACUGAGAAGUUAAAGGAAGCAUUUGGUGUUGCCAAUAACAGGGAUAUACAACUUCAAGCUGAAAUGACCCAAACAAACAAAACGAGGAAAAAGACGAAAGAAUUGCUCGCCGAAGAGCAGAAGAAAUUGGUUGAGUAUGAACGUAUGCCAAAGGAGAAUGAAGAUACUAUUCAAGAAUGUAUGGUAAAAGAAGCAGAGAUGACUGCAAAAAAGGAGAAAUUGCAAGCCGAAAAGGUAAAACUGUUGGCUAGCCUGCGCGAGGCCACUGUUGAAUUACAAGAACAAAAGGAACACUUGCAGACAGAAUUGGUCGACCUUAAAAAGGAAGUGGACGAAACUAAGUCCGCUUUUAGUUUGGCGGAAUCAGAAUUAAAUAUAUUUGUUAGUACAGAAGCAAACGAAAAAAAGAAACUUGAACACAUUCAGAAUGUGUAUGCCAACAUUAAAGAAAACAUAAACUCUAGAAGUAGAGAAAUUGCGGAUUUGAAGAAAAGAAUUCCGGCAAACAAAGAAAAAUUGACGGAAGCCAGAAAUAAUCUUAAAGAAGCGAAGGCCCAAGAAGCCGAAUUUAUAGAUCAAAUCAGAACUCGCCGUACCUCUUUGGCCGAAGUUAAAUCUUCUAUGCAAGCAACCAGGUCUCGAGGAAGAGUUUUAGACUCAUUAAUGAAGGAGAAAAGAGAGGGAAGGUGUCCAGGUUUAUUCGGCCGUUUGGGAGACUUGGGGGCCAUCAAUCAGAAAUACGAUGUGGCGAUUUCAACAGCGUGCGGUCCACUAGAUAAUAUUGUAGUGGACACUGUUACUACAGCACAAUGGUGUAUUGAAUUUUUAAAAAGGAAUGAUGUGGGCCGUGCUACAUUUAUUGCUUUGGAGAAACAAGAACAUUUGAGAGGCCGUGCAGAGUCAUCAAUUGUUACACCUGAGAACGUUCCACGGCUGUUUGAUUUGGUUAAAAUUGCAGAUGAUAGGAUAAAACCUGCAUUUUACUAUGCCUUACGAGACACUCUGGUGGCAAAUGAUUUAGAUCAAGCAUCUCGUAUUGCAUAUGGUAAACAAAGGUAUCGAGUUGUAACCUUAACGGGACAACUAAUUGAAACAACUGGAACAAUGAGUGGAGGAGGUAAAACUGUAUCUCGCGGGCGGAUGGGACAAUCGGUUGCUGUUUCUACAACCGAUCCCAAAGAUGUGCAGCGUAUGGAAGAAACUUUACAAAACAUGGAGGAAAGAAUUCGAAUUCUACGUCAAGAACAAGAAAAUUGUGAAGCCAUAAUUAACACUUUGGAACCAGAAGUAAAGCAAAUGGAAACUGAUGUGCAUAAGUUCACAAUUGAACUUGAGUCAUCGAAACAGCAGGAGCCAUUAAUUGCCGAGCAGUUAGAAACACAAAAAGCAAAGAGUAAAUCGACAAAGGCCGAUACAGGGACAGUAAAAAAACUUACUCAAAUUGUCAAUCAGAAGAAGCAGCUUUAUGAUCGAGCAACUGAGGCUGCUAAUGAAAUACAGGUCCAAGUAGACCGUUUAACGCACGAAAUUAAGGAAAAAACUGUGGGAAAAAUGAAAGCAAUGGAUAAAAAUUUAAAGGAUGUACAGAAUACAAUUGAUAAGUGCAAAUCUGAAAUAACACGUAGAAAUGUAGCGACGAAGACAGCGCAAAGGAACUUUAAGAAAAGUACCGAAAAAAUUGCUACUAUGGAGCAGGAUAUAGUCGAUAUGGAAAAUAAAUUGAGAAGUAUGAAGGCACAAAGAGAAGAAAUCGAGAGAGAUGCAAAAGAGUUACUUCAGAGUAUUGAAAAUAUUACUACCGAAUUAGGUGAUGCAGAAGAACAGUGUGCAGAUUUAAAGAAAGCCGUUUCCGACCUUGCAAAAGAGGAGAACAAAAUAAAAUCGGACAAAAUCGAAGUUGAUCAGAAGUGCAAAACGUACAACGCACAGAUUAAUGAGCAUAAGGGACAGAUUCACGGUUAUAGGUCGAAGUUGGCUCAUUUGAAGCUUCAAGAGAUACCCGACCAAGCCACAGAGGAAUUGAAGGAGUUUACGCAAGAUGAGCUAAAAGAGAAAAACAUUGGGAAUAUACAGCGACAAUUGACAUUCCAAGAGAAUCAAAUUAAAAGUGCAAAACCUAAUCUAAACGCAAUAACAGAGUAUCGAAAGAAACAAAUGAUAUUUAUUGAAAGAUCAAAAGAAUUAGAUGAACUUUCUCAAAAGAAGGCUAAAGUUAAAGAGGCGUUAGAUAAUGUUAGACAGAAAAGGAAGGAGGAGUUUGCAACCGGAUAUAAUAUUAUUCGAUUAAAAUUGAAGGAGAUGUAUCAAAUGAUUACUUUAGGAGGAGACGCCGAUUUUGAAUAUGUUGAUACAUUUGAUCCAUUUACGGAAGGUAUUCAAUUCAAUGUACGUCCACCGAAGAAAUCGUGGAAAAAUAUAUCAAAUUUAUCCGGCGGCGAAAAGACGUUAUCUUCAUUGGCAUUAGUAUUCGCUUUGCAUUAUUAUAAACCGUCUCCCUUAUACGUGAUGGACGAAAUUGAUGCAGCUCUGGAUUUUAAGAAUGUUUCCAUUGUGGCAAAUUAUAUUAAAGAACGAACAAAAAAUGCGCAAUUUGUUAUCAUCUCCCUAAGAUCCAAUAUGUUUGAGCUGUCCGAUCAUCUAAUUGGUAUAUACAAAACCUUUAACUGCACUAAGUCAAUUACUAUUAAUCCAAGAGUGUAUGAUAAACCGAAGCAAACCGCCAUGAUUCCAGAACCACAGCAAAAUGGUAAUGAUGAUAUAAUCGAAACACCACAAGGAGUUGCUUCCGAAGACAAGGAAGUUGAAAAUGAACCAAAUGAGAUUGAAAUCAAUGGGUCACAAAUGGAAGUUGAUGAAUAAUUUAUUAUCGAAUUUUAAUAAUGUAAAGAUUUUUAUAUUUUUCUAAUAGAACAGUGUUAAUUACU